ACGCUGCACCUUGCGAGCUCGCUGAGGCAGGAGGAAGUAGAAGCUGAACAGGAAAAACAGGCGAAAUUGUCGCUGAGAGGAGCAGAAACCCUCCGCUGUUUUCAGUGAUGUAGAGAAAACGGACGGAGUUGCUCUUAAAUAAAACAGGACCCAUGACCCUGACACGAGGUUCCUUCAGCUACUCCAAUGGCGAGGAGUACCACGGCGAAUGGAAAGAAGGUCUGCGUCACGGCCUGGGUCAGCUGACCUUCAGCGAUGGGACGUGUUACACUGGACAGUUUGAGAACGGGCUCUUCAAUGGCUGCGGGAUGCUGGUCUUCCCCGACGGAUCCAGGUAUGAAGGUGAAUUUGUGCAGGGUAAAUUUCAAGGCGCCGGCGUCUUCACGUGCUUCGACGGGAUGAGGUUCGAGGGCGAGUUUAAAAGCGGCUGUGUGGACGGAUACGGAAUACUGACGUUUCUGGACGGAGGGCCCGGCGGCGGCGACGAGGGUCUGUUUGAGAGCAGCCAGCUGGUGAGGAGGGAGAGCAGCCAGGGGGCGGUGCUGAGGGCGCAGGCGGCCGCUAACAAAGCCCGAACGCUGGCCAUGUGACCCGGACUACAUCACACACAGUGCCCCCCCAACAAGAACAACACCCUCUUGGUUUGAUGAGAAGUGAUUUAUUAAAGGUCUCCUAUAAUACAGUUUUUCAUCAAUAUAUCACAGGUCUCAGAUAUAUACAGAGCCUGUCUCUGAUUGGCUGAAACACCAAACAGAUCAUUGCAGCAUUACCCAUAAUCCCCUCUGUUUCAGCCCUGUUUCCAAAGUGCUGAUUCUCUGUCUGUUACUUUAGAUGGAAAUAAGGAGCCCCUCCCCACGCCCCUCUGAGAGAGAUUUGGUUAGAAAGAACUCAAUGGUGCUCUAGGAG